UGACCUUUCCGUAACUCGGUCUUGUUCACACUUUCAGUACUAUUUUGACUCCCGAAACCACGAUUUAUCUUUAAAAUGACGGUUUAGUUUCGUGAACUUUAAACUGCACCUUUUCUACCACAAGUGUCAGAGGCUACCACAAAGCUCUACAUCACCAGGACGCCUCGACGUAUGCGUUUAUUCUUUAUUUUUAAAAACAGAUUUUUGACCUACCGAUUACAAAAAACAUGGCUGCUUGUGUGCGGUCAGUUAACAAUAUUUUCACAAAAAGGACAGUUAAAUUUGUGACAACACAUCAGGGUUUUAUGUGCAGGAGGUUCACUGCUACGGAGACUAGUGCAGCAGCUAAGAAACCAGUCCCAGCUGAGCUGACAUGGACGCAGUAUUUCUUCAGCACGCAUUUCUGGGGGCCGGUCGCCAACUGGGGAAUCCCCCUAGCUGCCCUCGGUGACAUGAAGAAAGACCCAGAGAUCAUUAGUCCCAGGAUGACAACAGCUCUGUGCAUCUACUCGGCUCUCUUCAUGAGGUUUGCAUGGAUGGUCAAACCACGCAAUAGUCUUCUCUUUGCCUGUCAUUUCACCAACGAGUGCGCUCAGUUAGGUCAACUCACCAGGUGGUUUAGGCAUAACUAUGGCUCUUCCAAACAUGCAGUUGCGGCAGUAGCAGCAACAACAGUGACUGCAGCAUCAGUGGUCGCCGUCCAGGAAAGUGAUGUAGAGACUGUAUCAAGUGUUGAUAACACAGCAGAGGAGGUACAGUCAAGUCCAUCAGCUUAAAAACAAUCACCAAGGUCUGUGAAAAUAAGGUCCUUAUUAAUUACAAAUUCUUUCAAUAUAUUAGAGUGAUAUAAUCUUGGUCCAAUUUCAUAGAGCUGCUUAGAGCAAGUUCGAGUGUGCACAAUGGUUAACUAAAGGUUGACCAUUUGCA